CCUGUCCCCCACACUCCAUUCCACCGGCGACUCCGGCGCGACCAACGACGGACCACCGGCAACAAUGCUCCGCCUCUCCCGCUUCCUCCCCUCCACCUCCAGGAGAGUCUCCGACCUGAAAGAGGUUCUCUGGAGUGGUUCCUUGACCUUCGAGCAUGCUCUUUCGACUUCAGCAGCAAAUUAUGAUGAGAAUGCAUCUGCCAGGAAGUUUGCGAGCUACACCGUGUUCAAGGGAAAGGCUGCACUUUCUAUAAGUCCUAUUCUUCCUGUGUUCAGCAAACUUGAGUCUGGAGCAUCUCGAGUGAACAGAAAUGGGUCAGUAAUGUUGACCUUUUUCCCAGCUGUUGGACAAAGGAAGUAUGACUAUGCAAAGAAGCAGCUCUUCGCUUUGUCACCUACUGAAGUCGGAAGCUUGAUAAGUCUUGGGCCUGCUGAAUCUUGUGAAUUUUUCCAUGAUCCUUCCAUGAAAUCAAGUAAUGAAGGCCAAGUGAAAAAAACGCUGUCGAUCACUCCUCUUGGCAGUGACAAUGGAUACUUCCUUAACAUAUCUGUUAUGAACAAUGGGCAGAAGACAAAUGAACGCAUGUCAGUCCCUAUAACAAAAGCUGAAUUUGCAGUUAUGCGCACAGCAUUGAGUUUUGCAUUGCCGCACAUCAUGGGCUGGGAUCAGGCCCUAACGAGCCACCCUCAAAGCCCCUCAUCAGCUCCAGCUAGCAGGCCCAGGGUGGAGCGCCCAAACCCAGAUUCCGAAUGGGACAGGUGAAGCUUCCUCGUAGCACCAGAUCGGCGUAGGGUUUCAAACACCACUGCAAGUCGCCACUAGAUUGUACGGAAAUAUGGAAUGCUUGACUUGUGUUUCCUUCCUGAUCAACUUUAGUGAAAUGUUUGUAUCAGAUUUUAUGGUAUUGAAGGGACUGAAGUUAGGACCAAGCACCAUCAAACCUUUAUGUUUGUUCA